UAAAUACAAGUCCCGAGUUAGUUAAACCCAUUUCAGCACACUGAAAUUACUGUGAUUUGUUAACAAAUCUCAUAUUUUGUACAGUUAUCGAGUGCAAAUAUGAAUGUGCGAUGUACGAGUGAUUUGUGAAAGCAAUUUUUAUAGGAAAACAUCUGGUGUGUCGCGCUGUUUAGCUGGUUACCCCUUCACUGGACCAGGCAGCUGUCCAAUAGCUUUGGUGAUAAGCGGUCGCUCGUAAUCCUCGUUUACAGCUCGCCGCUGAAACGGUACCAUUAUCAGUUAGCUUCGGAGCGGUUGACAUUAGUCAAGAUUAAUCUCUCGGUGAAAAUCAAUAUGAGCGAAGGUAGUAACGAAGGCGCGGAAUCGCCUCCGACAUCUACUGGGGUGCUGUCUGCGACGGCCAGUGUAGCGACAUCCGCCGAUGGAUCUAACUCUGAGACGACCGCUACAGAACCUCCAUCGUUACCACCGCGAGAACAUUUGAUCGUUACUGCCAUUAAGUUCCUCAACAAUCCGAACGUAGUUCGCAGUGCCAUAACCAAGAAGCAGGCGUUCCUUCGCUCCAAAGGACUGUCGGAAGAUGAGAUACAGAUUGCAUGUGAACGGGCCGGUGUCUUUACGACAACACCCUCCGCCAUUCCAACUCAAACCGUCAUCAGCAUGGGCUUGGAGUCAAGCGGUGGUGGUGGUGGUGGUAACUAUGCCAAGCCUGGUUACCAAAUUCAGCCGCGGCCGAACUUUCUUACUCGUAUGAAGGACAUGCUCAGCUCAGUGGCUCUACUGAGCGGAUUGAUGUAUGGCGUUUACAUGUUUUAUAAGAAAUUUAUUGAACCGCUAUUGUUCCGCAGUAAAAAGAAGAAAAGCAUCGGCGAACAGUUGACCGAGCUUAAUCAGACGAUGACGGUAAAGAUUGAUACUCUGAGCGCCGAGAUGAGCAAAAUUAAAGAAGAACUGAACCAAGUGAACCAAACGAACACAACCGUUAAGGAGUUGGCCAACUUUAAAGGUGAUCUUGAUUCAAUCAAAGGCUUAUUGUUGAACAGAAAACAAUUCGCCGCGCCCAACCUUCCCGUAGUUCCACCCUCGAUCCCAGCAUGGCAGUUGCGCUCUCAACAGCAUCAACCGGCUAGCAGUGAGGGGGAGCACGACAAGCACGACGACAACGACACCGGCUCGGGAUCUGGUUCAAGCGAAAACGAUGUUGUGCUGAAAAACAGCGACAGCAGCUUGGAGAUAAUAUCAUAAGCUAAACAAAAGUGGACGCGCCGAGAGGGCAACGUACUGUCGAAUUGUCGAAAAUGGAACGGUGAGAAACCAAUCGGAAGUGGGAUGAAUAUGGAAAGGGCGCUUUCAAAAAGGGUCUAUAUACCACGCAAGCAUUUCUUAACGAAUAUACGAAGCAUUAACAUUAACAGCAGUGCGUCAGAAACCCGUUUCAGCUGCACUGCAUCGGUUCAACAAACGUUUAGUUGCAUAAUCGAUCUCAAAUCGUUGCAAUAAGUUAAAUUGUUCCAAAGCCCAUCCGGGACAACUCCAAGUAAAUGCUCCAAAGCUACUUUCCACUGUACUCUGUAAUAGGUGACGUAAAACAAUUUGUUUUUUAGUUUUGUACAUUUUUUUACAACACACAAAUGGCCGCUUCCAGAGAACGUACCCAACAAGACAAGAAGGAUUUAAAUAUACUAAUAACUCCAUCAGAACAGAUCCACAGUCAGCAUAAUGUAGAUUAAUAUUCGGGUGAGUGAGCUGUUUUAAUUGGUAGUAAGGGUAUCUUUUUCAUUAAAUGGAAAAUGAAUGGUAUUUUGCAAAGCUUUCUUCGGUUUAAGGUGUACAGCUUAUUCAUCGGGUAGAAAGAAGUAACAUUUUCUGUUCAUGAUAGUGGGAUAGUUUCAACGCAAAGAGGGGUUUGAAGUGAGUGGCUAUCAAAUGACUUAACUUAGUGUUUCAAACGUCUGCCGGGAACUGAGAAGACCGAUGAUGUACCUAGUAGAAGAAUAAACUCAGUCAAUCCAGUUAAAAAAAA